AUGGUGAGUUUAAAUGGGAGGAAUUUCAUCAAAAGGCUUUUUGAUCUGAUCAAGAAGUAUUUGACCAAUCAUCCAGUACUUAUGCCACCUGUUUAUGGAAAGCCUUUGAAGCUUUAUAGUUCAGCAUGUGACCUGUCGAUUGGAUGUCUAUUGGCCCAGGAAAAUGAUAUGGCUCAUAAGCAGGCUAUUUAUUAUUUGAGUAAGAGGUUGAACGAUGUUGAAACUAGGUACACUUCUGUCAAAAGGUUAUGUUUGGCUUUACAUUUUGCUACCAUAAAACAUAGACAUUACAUGCUCCCUUCAGAAGUGUUUGUUGUAGCACAAACUGAUAAAGCUAUAAAGGGACAGGCAUUGGUGAAUUUUUUGGUAGAGCAUCGAUGUUUGCCUGUUGAACCAGAUUUGUUUGAGGUUCAUGUGAUAGAUACUAAGCCUUGGAGGUUAAUGUUUGAUGGAUCUAAAACAAAUGAGGGAGUUGGAGCUGGUAUUGUCUUGAUUGCUCCUAAUCAGUUGAUGUAUCAGUUUGCUUAUCAGUUGGAUGAGCAACAUGUGCAGUCUUGUAAUCAAGCUGAGUACGAGGCUUUAAUAAUUGGACUUGAGUUGGCCAUAGAGUUCAAGAUUCGAAAGCUGCAAGUUUUUGGUGACUCUCAAUUAGUCAUCAAGCAAAUGUUGAACAUUCCAAUGGAUGAAUAUAAUGAAGCCAUGACAAUUGAGUUAUAA